AUGAAGUUCUCUGCCUUCUUCGGUACAGCUUUGCUCGCUACAGCAACACUCGCUGCGCCUCUGACUAAGCAGCGCCAGGCACGUCGUUCGCUCAACCGCAAGAGUAACCCUCCCCUAAAGCCCGGUACCACCGAGGCCAUUCGCCUAAAUGGAACUUCCCAUGAAGAGUACAGCUCCAACUGGGCCGGUGCCGUUCUCAUCGGCACAGGAUACACAGCAGUGACAGCUGAAUUCACCGUUCCCACCCCGAAGCUUCCUACCGGUGCCUCCUCGAGCGAGCAGUACUGCGCUUCCGCCUGGGUCGGCAUCGACGGAGAUACUUGCUCCACUGCAAUUCUCCAGACUGGAAUCGACUUCUGUAUCCAGGGAAGCAGUGUCAGCUAUGAUGCUUGGUACGAGUGGUACCCCGACUACGCCUAUGACUUCUCUGGCAUCUCGAUUUCCGCUGGGGAUGUCAUCAAACUCACCGUGGAUGCUAAAUCCAAGACCACUGGUACCGCUGUUGUUGAGAAUGUGACAACUGGCAAGUCUGUCACCCACACUUUCAAUGGUGGUGUCGAUGGCGACCUUUGUGAAUAUAAUGCCGAGUGGAUUGUGGAGGACUUUGAAAGCAAUGGCGAGCUGGUUCCCUUUGUUGACUUUGACUCGGUGACUUUCACCAGUGCUUCAGCCACCAAGGGAGGAUCAAGCGUCGGCCCGUCUGGUGCUACUCUCAUUGAUAUCAGACAGUCUUCCUCUGUUUUGACCUCUUCUUCUGUUUCCAGAAACAGCGUUACUGUCAACUAUCUUUGA